AUGCAGUACUAUCAAGAUCCUGAUUAUAAGCUAAGCUGUUGGAAGAGGGAACUUAGUUUAAUAAAAUUGGAGUUAGCAGAAGAUGCUAAUUCCCAAGAGAACUGUGGUUGUGGUCUCAAGCUGUCUGCCAACAAUGCAGUGCUCAGUAUUGUUCCUGUUGCCCUUAUAUCUGCAAGGCCUGAGCUCUACAAGUCCAGGGUACUGGAGCUUAAUGCUAGUGAUGACCGUGGUAUUAAUGUAGUUCGGACAAAAAUAAAAAAUUUUGCUGCUGUUGCUGUAGGUUCUGGUCGUCAAGGGGGUUAUCCUUGCCCACCUUACAAGAUUAUCAUCCUAGAUGAGGCAGAUUCAAUGACGGAAGAUGCUCAGAAUGCCUUGCGGCGUACAAUGGAAACUUACUCCAAAGUUACAAGAUUCUUUUUCAUUUGUAACUACAUCAGCAGGAUCAUAGAGCCACUUGCUUCUAGAUGUGCAAAAUUUAGAUUCAAGCCACUUACAGAAGAAAUCAUGAGCAGUCGUAUAUUGCACAUUUGCAAAGAGGAAAGCCUCAAUCUGGAUUCAGAGGCUCUUUCAACUUUAAGUUCCAUCUCGCAAGGUGAUCUUCGUCGGGCAAUAACUUACUUACAGGGAGCUGCUCGUUUAUAUGGAUCAUCAAUUUCAUCCAAGGACUUAAUUAGUGUAUCUGGGAUUGGUGAUCACUCAGGUAAAGAUAAAGAGACAAUGUAUCAUUCUGUAACUCAGAAUGAUUCAGCUAAGGAUAAGAUUGAGGAUAAUGUAAACGUAGAAGUAGAGGUGAAUGGAGUGAAUCAAAAUAACCAGCAGUGUGAUAAUAUUUUGGAUUCUUCCUUCUUGAUUGAAAAUCAGUUUAUUAAUAAGGAAGGAAGUGGUGUUACGCUUGAUGAUGAUGGAGGUUUGGUGAGGAAAAAACAGCCCCCUGAUAAGUUUUCCAUACUGAUAGUGAAAUCUUAAGGGGUACUGAAUGCAUAGAAGAUGAUUUUUAUAGACCAGAAACAGAGGACAAUAUUGAAGGUGGUCUGCUAAUCAUGGACCCAAUCCUUUCUGGUCCAGUUACUACAUCAAAAUCUAGAGAUUUGACUCUUUUUCUUCAACCAUUAAAUGAUUAAUAUACUUUCAUGGAAUGUGAGAGAAGCAGGUAAAGAGGUUACUAGGGGAUGUCUUAAGGAGUUAAUUAGGAUGAGAGAUGUACGUUUUGUUGCUAUUCUGGAACCAAACCAGAGUCGGUGAAAAUUAUCAGGGAUUGCUUAUGCUUUAAAUAUGGGUUUCUAUGUGGCUAAUACACUGGCAGAGAUGUAUAUGUGGAUUCUUUGAAAUCAUAGAAUGGAUGUCAAGGUAAUUGAUGUUCAUGAAUAGGUUACGACCGUAGAAGCAUCUUUUAUGGGGUCUUUGCCUUUUUUGAUUUCUGUGGUUUAUGCUUGUUGUGAUCAUGUUGUAAGAAGACCUCUAUGGGACCACUUGAUUAACCUGCAAGUAUCCAUGGUUCCUUGGAUGGUUGUGGGAGAUUUAAUGUGAUUACUUCUUCAUCUGAGGGAAUGGUGGGGCUACUCCAAGUUUAUUGCUAUGGAU